AUGAACGAAGAGCGGAAACAGAAAAAGCUCGAGGAGUUGACAUUCAAGCUGAGCAUGGACCCAGAAAUCGUGGCGAAACGAGAGGCAGAAGCUGCGGAGAAACUCCGACUGGAACAAGAGGCGAAGGAAAAGGCAAUCGCUGAAGCAAAGAAAAAAGCAGCUGAAGAAGCUGAGAAAAAUUCACAGAGCACUGAAGCACCUGAAAACACCACUGAAAACACUGAUGAGGCGGCACCUGCUGCCUCUCCGACGCCCCAAGAAAUCUCAAGAGAUCAACCUGCUCAAGACCUAUCAAAGCCUGCUGCUGAAACUCCAUCGAGCUAA